AUGCCGCUGGGGCUGAGGAGCAGGAAGAAGGACAAGUCCAAGGAGACCUUCAAGCUGGUGGAGAGCGAGGCGGCGGCCCCGGCCCCCGCGGCGGCGGCGGCGGCCCCGGCCCCGGCAGCGAGCGCCUCGCGGCUGCAGUUCCACACGCAGCUGGCGCACGGCAGCCCCACGGGCCGCGUGGAGGGCUUCGGCAGCGCCCGCGAGCUCUACGGGAAAAUCGCCGAGGCUUUCGGCAUCGACCCCGCCGAGAUCAUGUUUUGCACUUUGAACACUCAUAAAGCUGAUAUGGACAAGCUCUUAGGUGCACAAAUUGGCCUUGAAGAUUUCAUAUUUGCCCACAUAAAAGGACAACGAAAAGAAGUGGAAAUUCUUAAAACUGAUGAUGUGCUUGGGCUUACUAUUACAGACAAUGGAACUGGCUGUGCGUUUAUAAAGCGGAUCAAAGAAGGUAGCCUUAUGGACCAAACCAAAAUUAUCUGCGUGGGUGAUCACAUAGAGACUAUAAAUGGAAAAAAUGUGUCAGGUUGUCGGCAUUAUGAAGUUGCCAAAAUGCUAAAAGAUCUGGAGAAGGGUCAGAUGUUUAAGCUGGAGUUGGUAGAGCCUAUGAAAGCAUUUGAAAAGCUGGAACCAAGGUCCAAAGGUGGAACUCUGCCAGAGGCUAAAAUCUGCAGAGGGAGAGAAACACUUCGGCUGAGAACCAAAGGCCCUGCUACUGUGGAGGAAAUGCCAACUGAAGUUGAAGAAAAAGCAAUUAAAAAAGUGGAUGAGCUUCUUGAAACGUACAUGGGGAUAAGAGAUAUUGAAUUAGCUGCAACAAUGGUGGAAGCUGGAAAAGACAAGAAAAACCCAGAUGAAUUUGCAGUGGCAUUGGAUGAAACUCUUGGAGACUUUGCAUUUCCAGAUGAGUUUGUCUUUGAUGUAUGGGGAGCAAUAGGUGAUGCUAAGCAAGGACGACUGGAAUGA